UAUUAUUAUUAUUAUUAUUAAUAAACACAACUCAAGAACAUUCAUUUCUUCUUUCUCUGUUACGUACCCACAGAUCCAUCUCUCUUUUUCUAUUUUUUAUAAUUCAUUCAGUGCAAUUGAUGAUUAAUUAUUGGAUGAAGAGAAGGCCUUCAGCAAAAUCUUUGACUGUUUGAUGGGCAACACAUGCCGCGGAUCUUUCAAAGGGAAAUUUUAUCAGGGCUACACUCAGCCCGAGGAACAAUCCUCUGCUUCCAAUACCAAGAGAAAUCCUUUCUCCCACUCUGAUCAUUUUCCCUCCAGCCUCGCUUCUCAAGAAUUUUCCAGGGAAAUUCCCUACAAAGACAACAAUUUCCCUCUUCUUGGCCCCAACAAUAAAGAUUUAAUCAUGAAGCGUAGUCUUGAUACUCAGCCUUAUUAUGUUCUGGGUCAUAAAACUGCAAACAUUCGUGAUCUUUACACAUUAGGCCGUAAAUUAGGACAAGGACAAUUUGGGACAACUUAUUUAUGUGUUGAGAAUUCAACAGGGAUUGAAUAUGCCUGCAAGUCUAUAUCCAAGAGGAAGUUGAUUUCCAAGGAAGAUGUUGAUGAUGUUCGCAGGGAGAUUCAGAUAAUGCACCAUUUGUCUGGUCAUAAGAAUAUUGUGACAAUUAAGGGUGCUUAUGAGGAUCCUUUGUAUAUUCAUAUUGUCAUGGAGCUUUGCUCUGGUGGAGAGUUAUUUGAUAGAAUUAUCCAGAGAGGCCAUUAUACUGAGAGGAAAGCAGCUGAAUUGACCAAGAUUAUUGUAAGUGUUGUUGAGGCAUGCUAUUCACUUGGGGUUAUGCAUAGAGAUCUAAAGCCUGAGAAUUUUUUGUUGGUGAAUAAAGAUGAUGAUUUCUCACUCAAAGCCAUCGAUUUUGGACUUUCUGUAUUCUUCAAGCCAGGUCAAAUUUUCACUGAUGUGGUUGGAAGCCCAUAUUAUGUUGCUCCUGAGGUACUCCUCAAGCAUUAUGGGCCAGAAGCAGAUGUAUGGACAGCUGGGGUGAUUUUGUAUAUAUUGCUAAGUGGAGUGCCACCAUUUUGGGCAGAAACACAACAAGGGAUAUUUGAUGCAGUGCUCAAGGGAUAUAUUGACUUUGACUCAGACCCUUGGCCCCUUAUAUCAGAUAGUGCCAAAGAUCUCAUUCGGAAGAUGCUUUGUUCUCAACCUUCAGAACGCUUGACUGCUCACGAAGUGCUAUGCCAUCCUUGGAUUUGUGAAAAUGGAGUUGCACCUGACAGAGCACUAGACCCAGCUGUACUUUCUCGUCUCAAACAAUUCUCUGCAAUGAAUAAAUUGAAGAAGAUGGCUUUACGGGUAAUAGCUGAGAGCCUUUCUGAGGAGGAAAUUGCUGGUUUGCGUGAGAUGUUCAAGGCUAUGGAUACUGAUAACAGUGGUGCAAUCACAUUUGAUGAACUAAAAGCUGGUUUGAGAAGAUAUGGCUCUACCCUGAAGGAUACAGAAAUACGUGCUCUUAUGGAUGCAGCUGACGUGGACAACAGUGGGACUAUUGACUAUGGUGAAUUUAUAGCUGCAACGGUUCAUCUUAACAAGUUAGAACGAGAGGAGCAUCUUGUUGCAGCAUUCCAGUACUUCGAUAAGGAUGGAAGUGGGUACAUCACAGUUGACGAGCUUCAGCAAGCAUGUACAGAACAUCACAUGACUGAUGUUUUACUUGAAGAUAUAAUCAGAGAAGUUGAUCAAGAUAAUGAUGGAAGGAUUGAUUAUGGUGAAUUUGUUGCGAUGAUGCAAAAAGGCAAUUUCGGGAUUGGUAGACGAACUAUGCGAAAAAGUCUGAACUUGAGCAAGAAAGAUGCAUCAGAUGCUCAAUAGCUUGCAAUUGCACAUUAUGUACAGGCUAUACAGCAAAUCUGGAAGAGGGUGAUUGUUAUGGUUCCAAUCACAGAUUGCGUCACAACACGAUUAAUAUAGGGAAGGAGUUCGUCAGAGAGAGCUCUUAACGC